AUGUGCUCCUCGUGCAGGUACAAUGGAUUCGGAGGUAAGGUCGAGGAAGGAGAAUCUACCAUAGACGCGGCUAAACGCGAACUCAAGGAGGAAGCAGGCAUCGAUGCACCUUUGGAGCACUACGGCACCUUCGUCUUCUUGUCCGAGGGAGGCCCUGACUGGGCCUUUCAGAUUGAGAUAUACCGUGCGGAGGAAUACAAUGGCACCCUCGUAGAAACGGACGAAAUGUGCUUCCAGUGGUUCUCCAUUCCAGAUAUGGAUCCUCAAGAAAUGUAUUUCCAGACCAGUCCCACAGUCGCCACAGUUGAACCCGAGGUGGCGCUCGGACCCAUCCCUUUCGAUAACAUGUGGGAGGCCGAUCGGUAUUGGAUGCCGCUAUUGCUGGCGAAAAGGCAUUUUGUUGGGAGGACGGACUUCAAGAAGGUUGGGGAGGAUAGGUUCGAACUUCAGAAGUGGUGGUUUGGUGUUAACCCGGACGAGAGGAAUGCAUGA